CCAUUAAUAAUCUUUGGUUUCUAUGUAUUUGCUUAUUUUCAUGUAAGUGAGAUCAUAGACUAUUUGUUCUUUUUGACUGACUUAUUUCAUGCAGCAUGUUUUCCAGGUUCAUCUCUGUUGUGGCAUGCCUCAGAACUUCACUUCCCUUUGUAGCCACGUAAUAUUCCAUUUUGGUGUAAUUCGGUGCCCAGUAUGCCGCCAAGAAUGCAGACAAAUAGACCUUGUGGAUAAUUAUUUUGUGAAAGAUACAUCUGAAGCUCCUAGCAGUUCUGAUGAGAAAUCAGAACAGGUAUGUACUAGUUGUGAAGAUAAUGCGAGUGCAGUUGGCUUUUGUGUAGAAUGUGGAGAAUGGCUAUGUAAGACAUGUAUAGAAGCACAUCAAAGAGUAAAAUUCACUAAAGAUCACCUGAUCAGGAAAAAAGAAGAUGUCUCAGAGUCUGUUGGAGCAUCUGGUCAGCGCCCUGUUUUCUGCCCUGUACACAAACAAGAACAGUUGAAACUAUUCUGUGAAACGUGUGAUAGAUUGACAUGUAGAGACUGCCAGCUAUUGGAGCACAAAGAACAUAGGUAUCAGUUUUUAGAAGAAGCUUUUCAAAAUCAGAAAGGUGCAAUUGAGAAUCUACUGGCUAAGCUUCUUGAAAAGAAGAAUUAUGUUCAUUUUGCAGCUACUCAGGUGCAGAAUAGGAUAAAAGAAGUAAAUGAGACUAACAAACGAGUAGAACAGGAAAUUAAAGUGGCCAUUUUCACCCUUAUCAAUGAAAUUAAUAAGAAAGGAAAAUCUCUCUUACAGCAGCUAGAGAAUGUUACAAAAGAAAGACAGAUGAAGUUAAUACAGCAGCAGAAUGACAUCACAGGUCUUUCCCGGCAGGUGAAGCAUGUUAUGAACUUUACAAACUGGGCAAUUGCAAGUGGAAGCAGCACGGCACUACUGUACAGCAAGCGACUGAUUACUUUUCAGCUGCGUCAUAUUUUGAAAGCACGGUGUGAUCCUGUUCCUGCUGCUAAUGGAGCAAUACGUUUCCAUUGUGAUCCCACCUUCUGGGCAAAGAAUGUAGUCAAUUUAGGUAAUCUGGUAAUAGAGAGUAAACCAGCUCCUGGUUAUACUCCUAAUGUUGUAGUUGGGCAAGUUCCUCCAGGGACAAACCACAUUAGUAAAACCCCUGGACAGAUUAACUUAGCACAGCUUCGACUCCAGCACAUGCAGCAACAAGUGUAUGCACAGAAACAUCAACAGUUGCAGCAGAUGAGGAUACAGCAACCACCAGCACCUGUACCAACAACCACAACAACAACACAGCAGCAUCCUAGACAAGCAGCCCCUCAGAUGUUACAACAACAGCCUCCAAGAUUAAUCAGUGUACAAACAAUGCAAAGAGGCAAUAUAAACUGUGGAGCUUUCCAAGCCCAUCAGAUGAGAAUGGCUCAGAAUGCUGCCCGAAUACCAGGGAUACCCAGACACAGCGGCCCUCAAUAUUCCAUGAUGCAGCCCCACCUCCAAAGACAACACUCAAAUCCAGGGCAUGCUGGACCCUUUCCUGUUGUAUCAGUGCACAACACCACAAUCAACCCAACCAGCCCUACUAUAGCUACUAUGGCAAAUGCAAACCGAGGUCCCACCAGCCCAUCUGUUACAGCAAUAGAGCUUAUCCCCUCAGUUACCAAUCCAGAAAACCUUCCAUCACUGCCAGAUAUUCCACCCAUACAGUUGGAAGAUGCUGGCUCAAGUAGUUUAGAUAAUCUACUAAGCCGAUAUAUCUCAGGCAGCCACUUACCCCCACAGCCUACAAGCACCAUGAAUCCCUCCCCAGGACCCUCUGCCCUGUCUCCCGGAUCAUCAGGUUUAUCUAAUUCUCACACACCUGUGAGACCCCCUAGUACCUCUAGUACUGGCAGUCGAGGAAGCUGUGGGUCAUCAGGGAGAACUGCUGAGAAGACAAGUCUUAGUUUCAAAUCUGAUCAAGUGAAAGUCAAGCAAGAACCUGGGACUGAAGACGAAAUAUGCAGCUUUUCAGGAGCUGUGAAACAAGAAAAGACAGAGGAUGGCAGGAGGAGUGCCUGCAUGUUGAGCAGUCCUGAGAGUAGCUUGACACCACCUCUGUCAACUAACCUGCAUCUAGAGAGUGAGCUGGAUGCAUUAGCAAGCUUGGAAAACCAUGUGAAAACUGAACCUACGGAUAUGAGUGAAAGCUGCAAACAGUCAGGGCUCAGCAGUCUUGUUAAUGGAAAAUCCCCAGUUCGAAGCCUCAUGCACAGGUCGGCAAGGAUUGGAGGAGAUGGCAACAGCAAAGAUGAUGACCCAAAUGAAGACUGGUGUGCUGUCUGCCAAAAUGGAGGGGAUCUCUUGUGCUGUGAAAAAUGUCCAAAGGUCUUUCAUCUAACUUGUCAUGUUCCGACGCUUCUUAGCUUUCCAAGUGGGGACUGGAUAUGCACCUUUUGCAGAGAUAUUGGGAAACCAGAAGUUGAAUAUGAUUGUGAUAAUUUGCAGCAUAGUAAGAAGGGGAAAACUGCACAGGGGUUAAGCCCCGUGGACCAAAGGAAAUGUGAACGUCUUCUGCUUUACCUCUAUUGCCAUGAAUUAAGUAUUGAGUUCCAGGAACCAGUUCCUGCUUCGAUACCAAACUACUAUAAAAUUAUAAAGAAACCAAUGGAUUUAUCCACCGUGAAAAAGAAGCUUCAGAAAAAACAUUCCCAACACUACCAAAUCCCAGAUGACUUUGUGGCUGAUGUCCGUUUGAUCUUCAAGAACUGUGAAAGGUUUAAUGAAAUGAUGAAAGUUGUUCAAGUUUAUGCAGAAACACAAGAGAUUAAUUUGAAGGCUGAUUCAGAAGUAGCUCAGGCAGGGAAAGCAGUUGCAUUGUACUUUGAAGAUAAACUCACAGAGAUCUACUCAGACAGGACCUUCGCACCUUUGCCAGAGUUUGAUCAGGAAGAGGAUGAUGGCGAGGUAACUGAGGACUCUGAUGAAGACUUUAUACAGCCCCGCAGAAAACGCCUAAAGUCAGAUGAGAGGCCAGUACAUAUAAAGUAAAAUGACAUGGACUUAAAUCACUUGUUUAGCAAAAAAGAAAGAGAAGGAAAAAAACCAACAAAAAAACCCUUUUAUUUAAGUGUUGCUACUGUGGCCACCUUCUUGAAGCUGAUAGCUUUUACACAGUAUUAGAUUGAAAUAAUGGACAGAAAACACAUUCUUGUCAAAAAAGGGGAGAAAGAACUUAAUUUGCAACUUUAAAAGUAAAAUCAAAAGGCAAAAGUGAAAUGAUAUGAAGAUUUUUGUUAGUAAAGGGUGGUUUUCUGAUUGUUAGAGACGGACGAAUGUUGAUGAUCACGUGGUAUUGGUUGGUCCAGGAUACUGGGUGUACUAGUAAAUAUUUGAGGGCCAUGUAAAUUGUCUCUUUGGACUAGAGUGCAGUUAUUAAACAACUUUUAUGCCUCCCCACAACACACAUACAUACUGGGUUGUUUUCUACUUAAAAGUAGCUCAGAUUCCACUUUAAUGUCAAUUCAGAUGUUCAUUGAAUCAUGCCAUUACUUUUUUCUCAUUUUGAUGCUGUUGGGCCUUAGUUUUUAUAUUGGUUUAAAGAGCUCAACAGUAGUUUCAUUUUCUACUCAUACUUAGGGUCUAGGAAACAUGACCAUUGAUCAUCAUUUAAAUCAUCUUUAAUUGUCUGUUGAACUUAAGAGCAAGGUGUGGUUGUAAUAAAUAUGGUAACCUUUUCAGUAGUGGAUCAUGUACAUUUUUAGUAGUCAUUUUCAGAAAACUCUUCCACACAAGUACACUUCCCAGUCAAAUCAUCUGAUCAUACAGUUAUUCCCAUGAAAGGCAGGAUGUUUGUUUUAAAAUUAAUCUAGUUUUCUGUACAUUUAAAUUUGCUUGAGAAGGUGACAACUGGCUCCUAUCCAGUCUUCCUUCGUAUCAGUUUCCUGAUAGACCACUAUUGGCAAACAGUAAUCUGUCAACUACCAAAUGUGUAAAAUUUUCUGUAUUUCACUUUGUCUUAUUUGUAAAUAGUGAACUAAAACUUCUGGCAGAUCAGCAACAUUUGCUGAGGCUGUUUUUUAAGCUAAUGUGUAUUCUUACUAAUGUUCCUAUCAAGAAUGGAUUUGUAAUAUAUGCUGUCUAUUUCUAAUGUUCACAUUCAUAUUUUGAGGUUCUAUCUUAUUUUAAUAGAGAACAGACUUCUCAAAAAAUCUUCAGAAGCAGCUUAUUAUUGAAAUAUCAGAAUAUUGAAAUAAACCCGGUGGGGUUAGAUUACUCAUCCGUCCACAAAGUGGGACAUUUGCAUGGACUGGGGGCCUAAAGGACUUAGAAGAGACCUGUAAGUAAAUCCUGAAAAUGAGCCAAUCCCCACUUGAAUGGUCACUGGAGUAAACCCACCUCUACUACCCUGAUUACAGCAUCUGAGGCAGACAAACCAACUUGGCUCUGGUUCAUUUUUCUUUUCUUCAUUUGUGAUGCUCAGAUCCCAAAAUGUGCAUUGUAGACUGUGUACAGGCUUCUCUUUUGUUGGAUUAAAAAUUUGAGUCCUACUUUUAUAUGGACACAUUAGAAUAUGAAGUGACCAAAAUAGAAGAAUUUGCCAUUAGAUGUUUUUCAGAUGUCAACAAAUUGUGGCAAAUCAUUUGCCUUUUUAAAAAUUCAGCUUAAGCAGUUCAGACAGUAGACUAUUCAGAAAAGAAAAUUAUUUGACAUAAUUGUUUAAGAGGUAAAUAUUUUUUAGCACAUAUUGAAUCAAAUAAAGUGCUCUAAAGAAAUUAUUAUACAAAUUCCUUUGGGUUGUUUUUCUUUUCUUAACAACGGGUGGGGGUAAAGAAGAAUAUGAUUCAGGCCUUCUGAUGAUGUAUUUAAACAGUAUUGCUUUUAUUGUUGCUUUUGCCUUACUUUAUUCCCUGGCUUACUUUUAGCUCCUCUUUCAGUUUUUGUUAUAAAUAUACAUACAUACAUAUAUAUAUAUAUACACACACACACAUAUAUAAAAACUUCAAAAAAGACACCAAGCUGUUUUAUCAUUUUACUCAAAUUUCAAAUUUCUAAGAAGAGUUUUCUUAUUAGAGGGGCAAAAUCAUUCAAAAAUACUUUUUUCUAUGCCCUUAUCCCUCUUUCCCACAUGUUUUUUAUUUCAAUUUAAAAGUAGGCAUAUAUGGAAGGGCACAUUUUUGGAAAACUUUCUAAAGUGAUGAGUAGCAGUAUAACUUCCUUUUGUCAAGGCUUUGAGCCCUGAUAUUUUGUACUUACUCUUCACGCUUUCCUUUUCACGGUUCUUGAUGCUAACUCAUGAAUAGGUUCUGCCAUCUGAGGGGAGAAACAAAUUUUAAGAAAUAUUUAUUAAUAUUUAAGACCUCAAAAGAUGUGUUCCCUUAAAAAUAUUUCCUUGUUAGAUGGAGUUUAUGUUUUGUUUUCUGUUUCUUUUAAUUUAAGAUUGGUUAUUAAAAAGCCACUUUAUUGUCAAUGUUUAACAGGCUCCAUUUUUGUUAAGAGAUGAUAUUUUAUACCUCUGAGGAAUUAUUAUUAAAUUGAUAGCUAUCAACAAAGCACCAUUAAAUGAAAGUGUUCACUUCAGAUUUUAUUGAAGCUUUUUUCUUGCACACUGAUCACUGUGUUUCUAAGCUGAUUUGUUCAACUCUAAUACAGACUGUGGUAAAAAGUGUAAAAGCUUGAUCGCUAUCGAGAGAACUUGUAUGUGUUCCUAUUAAAUUUAUGCUUUAAAAAGACUAACAUUGAAUAUCUGUCAAUACCUGAAGGCAGUUUGUUUUGAUGCUCUUUUACAUUUGUAUUCUUUGUUAAAAAGGCAGUAUGUUAGUCUUGGGGGAAAGAUCUAAUGUUUUCUUAAAAGCUUGCUAAGUUUUUGCCACACUUCAGUUUCCUUCUUCCAUCAGAAAACUAAGAACAAAAUGUUCCUCGAUCUGUCCCGCUGGCCUAAAUUUGUGUUUCUCAGCACUUAGCUCAGCUGAUUCACUGAGUGAAUGAAUUGCUUUGCAAGGUCAGGUGUUUGAAAGUUCCAAAAUAUGGUUAGAUUUUAGAUCAUGCUCUAUAUAGAAACAUCAAACCAUUACUACAGAGAAAGGAUUUAAGUUAUUGGGUCCACUGUUAAAAUUAUUAUUAUUUUGGAAUUAACAGGAUACUUUCUGUCUUUCUUCCACAAGGGAAUUUAAAGUAAUUUUGUAAAGUCGGUUAAGUCACACCUUUUUUUCUAAAAGAUCUUGAUAUUUUUUUUUUUAGUUAAUCCAAAGAAAUAAUGUCUUUAAAUAGAAGAAAGAAGUUUAUAGUGUGCAAACUGUAGAUUUAUCAAUUACCUCAGCAGGUAUCCUGCCAUAUAAUUAUUAGUGAUUAGUGUUAAUAAGCCAAUAGAUUCAGGUUUUCUGACUAUGCCCUUGGAUUGUGGCCUACCAUAUGUUAUUAAAGGGUCACUUACUAUCCAAAAAGGGGGUAGAUGCUGUGUCUCCCUCUCCCUUGGCCUUUAAAUCCCUUACCUACCCUUGUUCACACACAGCAUGUGAAGUAUAAAAAUUCUGUUUCUUGUUGAAGUCAGCUUUGCGUAUUUGCAUACUCAGCAUUGGAUCAGUCAGUAGUUUUAUAAAAAUCUACCCACCCCACUUCCCUUAAUUAAAACAAUCAAAUUCUUAAUUCGUAUCAUGAAUUCUUAAUGCAUACCAUAUACAUUAAUGAUCUGCUGAAGGUGAGAUCCAGUAACAAGAUUUUUGAGGUGCAUCACAGUUUGAUCAUUUACCAGACUUGGAUUUUUUCUUUUAUUUCUGUUUUGGUUAUCUCCUCCUUGAAAAAGCAAUAACACUGCUUUAAGUUUGUUGCCUAAUAGCAUGUCAUAAUCCUCUCCAUGAUGGUGGUUUUAUAGGAAAGUUUGUAUGCAUAUCACCCAGUCUAUCUUUUAAAAAUUAAGAAAUUUAAAUGUAUGCUGGAGCUAAUGACAAUAUAUUGUGGCAUUUUAUUUUACAAAUUGGGGAAAGUUGCAUAUUUUUUUAAAAGUAGGUAUUUGAGUAAAAAAAAAAUUGAAGGUACUUUUUUAAGAAAAAAAAAAUUUAUAUGCCACAGUUUACAUAGACAUUUCAGAUUUCAACAUGUACUGUUGGAUAUAAUGGUUUCUUUCACUUGGUCAAAAUGCAUGUGUAGCAUUUCUUCCAUUUGGUUUCUUGUGUUUGCCUAUUUGGUCCUUUAUAUAUUUUUUAUUGUAUGUGAAAAACAAAAUUAUCUUCAAAAAUAGGUUAAUUUGGAUAUAUUUGUCAUGUUGAACUGCAAAAUGUACAAAAUUAAGUUUAGCCCUUUUUUAACAAGUGAUCUUUAAAAUUAAAGAUGCUGUUCUUUUAAAUUCACCAAAUUUGUAUAUGGGAAGGGACUGAAAUGAUUUUGUAAGUGCCACUGCAAUAUUCUCUUUCAACUGGGGUCUAAAUUUCAAUUUUAAGAAGGAAAUGCAUGUCUGCUCCUGUUCUGAAAAUAGUAGGCAUUUACUGCGUUUAAAAACACAGUGAAACAUGUAUAUAAGCCUAUUAAAAAAAAAAAAA